AUGGCUACCGAAGCAGGUGCCCCUCAACCAGACGAGCCUUCGUACAUUGACUACGAAGCCUUUCUAUCCCCCGACUUCUCCCCCGCCCAGUUCGCCAACACCCUCGUCGUCUCGACAAACAAUCCCAACGACACGCCGCUCGACCUCUCCACCCCGCUAUCCCGAGUGCUCUUUGACGCACAAGAAGUCGACUCGCACAUCGAUCUGCUAACGAGUCGCUCAGCUGUCCCCUUGCUCGAAUAUACGCGGGAGCAAAACCAAGCGAGCAACCGGAUCGUUACCGAGCUCGACACCCAGAUCAAGAGCCUCAACGACAGCUACAAACAGUUGGAGAAGGAGGUCAUUGACAAGCAUGCCGAGGCCGACGAAGUCCGACAGGUCGCACUGCGGCUAUGGGAGACACUUCGUCUUGGCAGAUCCGUCGGUCGGUGUCUCCAAUUAGGUAGGCAAUUGGAGGUGCAGCAAUCUGAGAUUGGCGGUCCUGGUGCCAACGAAGACCACCGGGCACUUGUUCGGUGCUCAUACACUGUCCUGUCUCUUCGUGAGGUUAUUGACGCCAAGGGUGUUGGUGAGGAAGGCUACGGACUCGGAAAAGUAGAGGCCAUUCGCACCCUACAAGACACCGUCAUUGCACCCAUUGAGCGAUCAGUCCGUGAAACAGCCGAGCGAUUCGUGCGAGAGUUUGCUAUCCCCGCCAACACGACCUUCUCGCAGGGCGAAGAGGCAAAGGCGAAGCUCGAAUCCGCCAUGACAGCCCUGUAUCUCCUUUCGCCUACGUAUGGGGUGAAGCCUGACCGUUGGGCACCACGACUUCUCCUGACUGCACUUGAUACAUACAUCCGAUCCUGUCUACAGACAAGCAUCACGUCCUUGUCUCGUUCACUCGGGCAGCUUCCGUCUCUGGACCGUGCCUUGGCAGAAGUCACUUCGAAAUGCCAGAAUAUUAUCGCCCUCGAAAUCAUUCUGCACGCUAACAAGCCGCCCGCUCACCCACUUCUCCCUGCGCCAUCAACCCACAAGCACCCGAAUCUGAUUCAACCGCUCCUGACGCAUUUGGAAACAGGGUCGUUGGCAUCAUACUUCUGGCGCACCAUGGCAGGGAGUCUCGCUGCUCGGGUCCAGGAUAUUGUCAACAGGGGUGGAGUUGUUGCGCGAACGCUCAAGUCCAACAAGACGAACGUGGCGGAUGCUAUUCGACAGGCUGUGCUUAAGGGAUCGCAGCCACCGGGGGCGUUUGCAACAGGACGCAAUAAGGAGAAGGCUGCGGAGGCUUCUUGGGAUAGGGAGAUUGCCGUCAUGGUGGGCAGUGUGACGAACAACUUGCGGUGA